UGCCUCUUGGCCCCGCCCUUCUAUCUCCCCCUCCCCCCUUUUCCUUGGGCUGUGUCAAGCGGCGGCCACCAACGUGGAGAGCGGAAGCCGCGUUCGAGCGGGCGCCGCCGCGUGAGGGACAGAAAAGAGCCGGCGCGCGGGUGGGCCGUACCACCGCCCGAAGAAGAGGGGAGCGCCGGGCUCUCAGCCGCACGUGAGGCUGCGGGGCGGCGCCGGGAUUUCACCAGUGAGGGUGGUCCCCGCUUGCCCUCACCUCAGCCACCGGGGCGUUGGAGCGGCCCAACCGCCCGGCAGGAGGACGACGCGUCCAGUCAGUCACAACCGGUUUAAACCGGCGCGUGAGGAGAAGGAGACGCCGCUGCCGCCGCCAUGGCCGAGACUGAAGAGAGGAGCUUGGACGAUUUCUUCGCCAAGCGAGACAAAAAGAAGCGGAAAGAGAAAAGCAGCCGGGGAGGCGCUGCUGCCACAGCUUCCUCGGCAGCUUCUUCCAGUGCCGCCGCAGCUGCCGCUGCCGGAGGGGUCGGGGGAAGCCGGCAAGCCGAAGGCGGUUCUGGGGCGGCGCCCGGCGCCAACACCGCUACUGCUAAGGGGGUGAACAAGGAAGAGGAUGACUGGAAGGAGUUUGAACAAGAAGAAGAAGUUGACUAUAGUGGUCUCAGAGUACAGUCCAUGCAAAUUAGUGAAAAAGAUGAUGAUGAAGGUGAAAAGAGAGAAGAACCAAGGGAUUACAGUGAAGAACCUGGCAGUGGCAUGGAUAAGUCGUUUGGCCCUUGGAAUAGAUCUGCUACUACACAAAACCCUGUAGUUGAAACAAUUGUUACAGAAAGCCCAGAGCCUGUUCAGUCCAGUGGGGUAUAUCGGCCACCUGGUGCUAGAGAAACCAAGACACGGAAAACACCACAAGGACCCCCAGAAAUCUAUAGUGAUACACAAUUUCCAUCAUUGCAAUCCACUGCCAAGCAUGUAGAUACCAGAAAGGAUAAAGAAAUGGAGAAGAGCUUUGAAGUAGUAAAACACAAAAAUAGAGGUAGGGAUGAGGUUUCAAAAACCCAGGCAACUAAACUUCAGCUAGACAACCAAUAUGCUGUGCUUGGGGAUCAGUAAAGCUGCACACACAUUACAAUUAAGGAAUGGUUAUUUGAUACCCUUCCAGUCUAAGGUAACUAAACUACAGCUAUUAUGAACAUGCCGUCUUAUUUCUACUGGAUCUACUGCAACAAAUGCAGACUACUUUGACGUAAGUGAUUGGCUCUUCUGCACUAUGGAAGUAUGUUUAAUAUGGUACACCUGAUUUCUUCCUUGGAUGUAAGGGAUGUUAAUGUAAGUGGUCGAACAAGAGUCCCCAGUAUUUUGAUUACUCUGCAAAACUGUCUGCAGCCAGUGGUUAUUUCAAAUCUUUUUAUGUUCAGAUACUGAGCCUUCGUAAGGGUUGACUACCUCAGACUUGCUGCACUCAUUGUGGACACCAUGUGGAUCACAACUUCUGGAAAAGGUUACAACUCUUUAGUGGCCAUCUGAAACUCGAAACCAGCUCUACUGGAUUCCUCUCAGAAAUCCUGCAGAAGUCAGCCAUCUGGGUUCUGAUUUAGUAUAAAUAACAAAUUAAAGUGACCUUAAAUGAGCAACUUGUCCUGUGCCCCCACUUACAACAUCCUCUUGUAUGUAGCCAUAACUAACUAGAAACCUCUAGUAUAUACCACUUUCAGAAAUAUGCAGCGAACUGUUGACCUGUAGUUUGUUUACCUUAAUUUGAUUUAAGUUAUCAGAAAUACACAGCUAGAUAAAAAACAUAGGGAUGCUAGUCUGCAUAUGUUAACUGUUUUCAACUAUGUAAACUUCAUUUUAAAGUGCAGAAAUUGAGAAAAUUGCAGUAUAGUCAAGUAGGAGCAUGGAAUAUGCAGACUAUCCACUAGGGUUUUUCUUUUUUCUUUUCUGGGGUUCAAUGGAUGAGGAUUUCUGUAGGUUUGCAUUCAGUGGCCAAUGUCUGUACUUCCUUAGCAUCUGGAACUUAAGUUUGAAAAAACAUGCCAUAUACUUACCUUUAACUUCAUAUUAUGGCAAGUAACAGCUGUGGAUAGCACAGUAUUGUGUUCGCAGAAUGAAAGUAAUUCCGUGUUGAGUGAAAAAUGUCUUUUGUUGUGGCUUCUUACUGGUUGAAAUUUGGAAAUAUUUUGGGAAUAAGAUGUUGCAUUUACAGCAAUUUUCUUCCUCUGCUGCCCAAAGAUUUAGUGAUAACUUCAGUUGUAGGUCAGUCUUCUGACCAGCUAUGUCCAUUUAUUCGGGGAGAAGCUAGUAUAAUAGUACUUUGUGCUAAGAUUUGUGCUGUAUUGUACUAUGUAAUAUUAACAAUGGUUAGAAUGCUAUUCAGAUCCUAAAGAAAAGGAUGUGGCUGAUAUUGAUAUUGUCUCUUAGCAGUUGAUUGGCAGUGGUGUCAAAUCAUUGGUUUAUUGGGAGAACCAACAGUUUUCCCUAUCUCAGUGCUUAGAAUGUCAAUGGCCUUAUCCCUGUAAAGAAUUGCUUACCGUAACUGAAAAUGACUCUAAAUAGUUGCAUUUUUAUAUAGAUUUAAGGUAAGGAAGCCAGGCUUCUGGGUACCCAGAUCACUGAAUGUAAACCUACAGUUGACGCCAUUGAACCAUAUAUAUUUCCUGAAAAUGUAUUUGCCAACAAAACUUUAGCGGGUUAGUAAAGUUGAAGAACUAAGAUUAUGUGGAUUUGUAUGUCACUUAAUGGCAUUGUGGAGACAUAAAAUUUUAAAUCCCAGCUUUGGCAUUUUAUUGAGGUUGUUAUUACACAGGAAUCAAGUUUUAAUAUACUAUAUGAUAGGGUAGAUGAAGCUGUCCUUUGUAUCUUCACUUGAGUUCUUGGGCAUGGUUCACAGAGCAAGAAAACAUUGUAACAUUAAUAAAUAAAUGGAAAUGUACAUGAAUUCUGGAGUCUAAUGAAUCUUUACAUGUAGUUCUGAUGAUACCAUGCAUCAUUAAUCAUGAUAAAACUGAUGUAUGAUUAUGAAGUUGAAACUUGAGGCUGCUGUCUUACGCAGAUUAUCACUGAACUCCUGAGUAUAUGUGCAUAGGCAUGGUCAAUAAACCAUCAGCUGUGCACUAUUGAUAAAGAUGGGUAUCCCUCCAGUUAGCUUGGCUAAGUCUGAUCACUGUCUACCUCACCCUGCAUUGCCACUCGCAGAUACCACAGAUGAAGUGAAACUGAAAGUGAUUUUGUGCUCUUGGUGAGGAAGCAGCACUGUUGAGGUUGGCAGUCAGUUGCUGGUAGUUAAGCAGACUUGCCUGCUGGUCCACAUUAAAUUCCUUGUAACAUUAGAUUUUGGGGCUGCUUCAAGUGUAAGAAUUUUUCACAUUGAAGAACAUAAGCAUUGAAACAUUAAGCCAUUCUGUUUUCUGUCACCAAAUAGAUUCAGAAAACAAGGCUCAACUCUAAAUUUUGGUUAAAAAUACAGCAUAUAAUUCCCACUAAACCACUGAAUUCUAUAUUAUAUUCUAAUUUUCAAUUAUAUUCUAUAUGAUUGUCCAUUUAGGACUUAGUAUUGUCCUGCUUGGUAGACUUGUAUCUUCAUAGGGAGUCAAUGAAUAAUUUGUAUGCAUUUUUUUACUUCAUGACUGAAGUUUCAGCAUCUUAACAUAUGUCUGGCUACUUUUCUAAUAAAUUCUGCUGUAUAAUUGUUUUACUAAAGACUCAUGGGCUUAGAAGGAAUGAAAGAAAGCAACUUCAGUACAAAUCAGUGAUGCUUCAUUCUGGACAUCUGUCUGCAAGUUAGUUUGCAUUUAAAUGUUGGCUGAUGACAGAAGAAAAUGUUAAUCCUUGUCUUAGAUUCUGUUGAAUGCCAGCAGAGCAGCACUUGAAAAAGGGAACUUCUCUGAUUUCCUUCUUGCACUGCAGUUUUCUGUUCCCAGGUUUCUGUCAGCUUUGGGAGAGAUGUGUAGCUGCAGUUGGUGGGUAAAAUUGGUGAAAAUUAUCUCCCUUUUUUGACUGAUGGAGUGCUUUCCACUAUCAGAAAACAUAGAUAUGAUCCAAGCCAAUGUUUCUAGUGAAAUCUAUCUGAAGUUCAGAAUAGAACUAAUCCGGCUAACCUGCUAGUAGUGUUCAUUCAGGAUUUGUGUGUUAGCUAUCUUUUCAUGAGUGCAUACGAAAGCUGAAAAACGUUUAACAGAACACUGACAAUAUUUAUAAGUGGUCAUAAAAUUAGGGCUACAUUAAAAUUACACUAGUACAAUGUCAGUUUUGUUUAAGGUAAGUAGUCACAAUGUGUCUCAAUUAACUUAAAUGUACUUUAGUGGAAAAGGGGUAAACAAGAUAAGACAGGUUUAUGUAUAAUCUGUAAUUUUGAUAACCUGAGGAAAGUGUGGAGCUUUUAUUUCAAAAAAGUCUGUUGGUAGGAAAGGGAUCUUGGGAAGGGCAUGUUCAUUCUGUGAAAGCAUUAGGAGCGCCUGCGGGGCCUUUUCAGGGGCUUUUGCAUUAACUCUACUCUAUUGCAUUGAAACCACAAGCUGUAUGCAGAUGUGCCUCUGUCUAAAGGGCAUACAUAGUCUGGCUAUCAGUAUCAGACUACAUUGCUAGUAUACUUGUUUGGUGCAGAGUGUCACACUGGAAAAGGGAGGGCUUAUGGUAGGCUUCCCUUUGCAUUAGACCCUCCCCCUCCUGUCCCCGGUGAUUGACAUCCAAUACAUAACUAACAGGGAGACCAAUCUUGAACUCUGUUGACCACCUUGCAGGCUGUGCACAGAGUCAAAUCUGCUUACAUGUCUUAUAUGUACUCUUGACUUCAAUGGGACCUGUAUAUCGAAAUCUUUAGCACUGAGGCCUUAGACUGCUGUAAAGAUCCCCAAUGUUAUAAUUACUACGAAAGUGAUGUUACCAUAGCUGUCUGUGUUGUAAUGGUCCAAGGAAAUCUACAUUAUGUUGGCUAAACUGUGGCCAAGUGCAGCUAGCUGUAGCAAUAGCUGCACUGACUGCUUUCAAAAAAAUUCAGGCAAGGUACAUACUGUAUUGAAUAGAUGUAUUGUCGAAGGCUUUCACGGCUGGAGAACGAUGGUUGUUGUGGGUUUUCCGGGCUGUAUUGCCGUGGUCUUGGCAAUUGAAUAGUCUAUUCAAGUCUAUUGAAUAGACUUCUUAAUUGUGAACAAUUACAAUGGAAACAUCCAAGGCUAAUAGUAAGCACUCGAUGAAACCCACCCAAGGAAGCAAAAACUCCAAGCCUAUAGAAGAUUGCAGCCUGGACUAGUGGAUACCUAAAUAAGUAAAUAUGUCCAAAUAGUGAUUUUUGUUCCUGCUGUGCAGCUGUAAUACUGCAGUUUAAUGUUCUGUCCAAGACAACUCUCCAAAAGCGGAAAAGAGAGAAAAGUACUUGACGGGAGAGUUCAGAGGAUGCAAGACUUUCUGUUGACCAAGAGGUCUGAAGUAACAAACAUGUAUGCAACAAGUAAUCUACACAAUGUCCAGAAUGAUGUGGUAGCCUCCUAGAUAAUACUUUUGCAGAUGAGGUAAGGGUAGCUUGCCUGGGUGUUCCCCACUACCCAUAGAAAAUGGGGACAUUUGAUGUAGCUUGGCCCCCAUGGAAUAGCUUACUUUUACAAAGACUGCAUCUUAGUGGAGGAGCAAUAAAAAAAUACCCCACCUGUAAUUGGAAGUCCUACCAUCUCCUUCUCUGCAGUGUUAGACUAGUUAUGAGUCAGGAAAGUAAUAUGAAGAAAUACUUCAGGAGCAGGGAUUCUCUCAGAAAUCUGCUUUUCUGUGUGAUAAGUGAAGGGGGAUGUCUUUAAACUGCAAUAUCAGAUGCAAUUGAUUUUAAGAGGCAUAAAUGACUUCAUUUUAAGGGCACAAAACAACAGACUUCAUGCUGCUAUAGAAUACACUCAGGCCUAUUAAUAGUUUAAUACUCAGCAAACAGCAAGAUCGUGAACAUAGAAGAAAAGCGAUCCAAAGGAUAAAAGCAGUCUGUUUUGAGUUUGGGAUAGGAAUGGAUAGAAGUCUCAUGGUGCCUCAGUUUUUUAAGUUGUAAAGACAAUACUUCCCUACCUCACAGGGGUGUUGUGAGGGUAACUUCACUAUAGAGUGUUUUUGAGUUUCCCUGAUGGAAGGUGCUACAGAAGUGCAAAUCAUAGCUAAUCAGCUGAGGUCUGGUAGCUGCUUGGCACAAUAAGCAAACAUUCAGCUUUGUUCUCAUUAACAGUAUUUUGCUACCACUAUACAAAGCUUCCCUACAAAACACAUACUAAAUAAUACUGAUCAUGUAAGAAAGCAUGGUUGAGUUUUUUCAAUCUUUAUGCAUCCUUUUCUGGUUUUAUGUGAUUAACUGUGCAGAUCUAAUUGUAUUAACAAGGUUCUUUGGUUUUGCAUGGAGAUUACUUAAGAUCAUCUGUCAUUUUUUGUAAAGUCCCUGAAUAAAAUAAACUUAUGUUCACACUGUUUAAUAGAA